AUGAAUAGACUAGAGGUAAUUUUUUGGUGUUUGUGCAUCACGGUUGUGUUUCAAAAUUCUAACGGUGCCGAACACGUUUCAAAGUAUUUCAAUGGGACUUUACGGGUCGACAUUGCGCGAGGUAUUGCAAUGCACAUCGCUAACAACGAAGCAAGUAUCACGUUGAGCAUGUCGUCUUUACUCAAAGACAAUGGCGUAGAAGAACGAAGCACUGGCAGGCUAAAAUUCAAGAAAGGUAUCCUCAAAAGAAUCGGAAUGGUGAUGAUGAUGGCUCCACUGCUGCUGCAGUUAGCAUGGCUACCGGGUACCCUCGCAUCCAUCAAAAUGAGCUUGCUCCGAAGUAUCUUCGUAGGAAAAAUCGCGUUGGCUGUGAUGCUCUACAAUGCGCUGAGGAAUUCUCAGAAAUCGGAAGUGGUAGUGAUCCAUAAACCUGAAUAUCACGAGCACUAUUAUCACGCUUAUCACGGUCACGGUGACGAAGAUGGCGACUGGUGGGGAAGAAGUAUGAAACGGCACUUUUGCAUCAUCCUCGAAGACUCGAGAGGAUUCGCUCGUCUUCUUCAUUCAACUGUGCGAUCGCGUAGCUGCUGCAGCGCUGUGGAAAUGUUCUCCACGAGAACCACUUCCAAAAUCCUGUGCUUUCUCUGUGCCAUUUUCCUCUGCAAUUUCGCGACGUCGAACGAAACAAACGACGAGGCUAGACCUUACGAGUUUUCGUUCAACAUUGUCGACUUUCAACAUAGAUACGAAAAGAAAGAUACCGACGGAAUUAUCACUGGGGAAUAUGGAUUCAUAACUGCGGAUGGUGUGUACCACGAAACAGGAUAUGCGACGGAUAAAAAUGGCGAUUUCCUCAUUACCAGAAUGGCCUAUAGAAGAAUCAAAAGUUUGAAGGAUGCGCAGGAGAUAUUCAAGGACAGGCCGGAAGUUGCAAAGAAGCUGGUAGAGGCUGUAGCGGCAAGGGCUUGCAGCUCAUGCAAAGUCGCAGCGAAAACAGAGAAAUCCGAGAUUACUUCACAGAUCACUCCGACGGUAACGCCAUCUAUUUCCCAACGACAGCUGAAUCCUUUACUGCAGAAGAUGACGAAGUCUCUAACUGUGGGGAUCGUGAGAAAUAUGGUGGACUCAGGGAAGAAUUUCAUAACGAAUAAGCACGCUGCUGAUCCAAUUGUCGAAGAUAGGAACAUGGACGAUCGUGCGUUGGAAAAAAUGGCGAAUGAUCUUUACUAUCGAUUCAAUUACACGAUAACCUCGCAUGGGCAUCAAGAAGACGGAUAUAGGAGCGGUAGAAAGGAUGGCAGUUAUCGGUCGCAAAGCGACGACGGUGUUGACACCCGGGUGAAAUAUCUUUCGAACGAAUUCGGUCAUCAGCCUAACGUCUCGUUUGUCGCUAAUGUCAACGAAGCGAACGAAACCGAGCGACUCAAGGGCUACUCCUUCCGCUGGUACUGGUCGUGA